CCCAGUUCCCUUUAAUUUCCUUCUGGGCUCCGUUUAAAGGGGAGGCGAAGGCAAGGAAGAGGAUGGGCGAAAUAAGCGGAAAGGGGAGGGGAGUUUCCCCCCCAACUGCUGCUUCUUUGCAAAGGAGGCUGAAAGUUGGGAAGGGACUUUUAGGGAAAGGAAAACCUGCCCAGAAUUGCGCGGGAGGAGACGGGAGGUGCAGGGCAGAUGUGGAGACGCUAACGCUGUGACGCUCCUGACUGACGGAAAUGGAAGUGAUUACAGUGAAGGAAGAGACUAAAUCGGUCACUCUCCCUGCCUGUUGCCUGUGCCAGGAGGAGCUACCGGAUCUCGCUGGGUCCCCAGGGCAGAUUCCACAAUGCCGGGCCUGCAAAAGCAUCAUCUUGGAGCCCAGGAACUGGUUGCCCGGCAACCAAGAGGCUCGGGGCUUCCCUGCCGACAGGCCUUACAGCUGCUCUUUCUGCUCCAAAUGCUUCAAGAGGGCCUCAGACAGGCGUGACCAUGAGCGGGUGCAUACAGGAGAAAGGCCCUACGGCUGCAGCAUCUGCGGCAAGCACUUUACUCAGAGCUCGGUGCUUUCCGGCCACAUGCGCAUCCAUACCGGGGAGCGGCCUUUCCAGUGCGCCGUCUGCUUCAAGUCUUUCAACAACAGCUCCAAUUUUCGCAAACACCAACGCAUCCAUGGCCAAGAGGAGCCGUAUGUAUACGGUGCCAAGGGUAAUAGCGGGAAGGACUGUACCAUCCUUCCUGAGAAGCGGCAGAGUCAACCCACAGAAAGGCAAGAUGGCGGCAACCAGUGGCCGGGCAAGAUACUGAGGCAAAAUGGCCACCAAAGCAUGAAGGAACUGAGGGAAAGUGAGAACGGGAGCCAUCUUGGGAGACAAAACAGCCCUUAUGUUAACGGGCUUUUAAGCCAAGGCGGCAGCAGCUAUGGUUCAAGCCAGCCUGCCGAUUAUGGAAACCAUUCCAAGAAAGUGAGGCAAGGCGCCACUUACUGUGGCCCUGAUUUUGAACCGAAACACAGAAGUGACCAAAAUAAGACCGUUGACAGCAAAGGACGUGAUGGCGAACUGGGGGAAAAUGGGUGUCACAGCCCCGAACAAAAUGGCCACCGCUUCAGACUUGUUAAGUACGUGAACGGGGAAAAUCACACAAAAGGCCUGAGGUCCAGGAGAGCGGAGGAAAGCCACGCUCAGGGAGAACAGAAGCAAUGUGCCGUCAGCCACAGUGGUAGGUUACAGUUAGAUGGUGUCAGCUGUGGAAAAGGGCUCUUACUAACGGACGGCAACAGGGACCACAUUCACAGACUGAUUCAAAAUGGGGGUGUCAGGGGCUGUAACGGAGGCCUACUCAAAGGCCUGAAGCUCACCGGUGUGAAGGGGACCGUUACAGGCCUGAAGCAGAAUGGCAGUGGGGGAAGUCCGAACAGUGGCCUGAGGCAAUUCCGCAAUGACAACAGUAUAAAGGUGAGGCCAAACGUCAGCCAUGGAGGGCCUAUCAAUGGCGUGAGUGAAAAUGGCAACCGCCAUUUUGGAGAGCUGAGUCAGGAUGGUGGCACCAGUGAGGAGAAACAGGUGAACUUUCAAGCAUGUGCUUCUGGAAACGUGGAUUCGCUCGUGCCUCAAAUGUCUGUUCAGACCUGUCCUGAAAAUGGGGAUAUGGUAUGGGAAGAGCCCGAUACAGAGAUAACAGAGGGACGAGAUGAUCUUGAAGAAUGCUCUUCCUUCGACAGGCGCCCCUGUUCAUCCCCUUGGGAGCCAGGUGUCUCCGAUUCAUGCUCUUCGCCUUAUGACCUCUCAGCGUCACCCCAUCAAGAUCAAUUCACCGUUCAGCUCUGGGAAGGAGACAGCUGUACCUCCUAUCCUUUCCAAGAUCCUGAGCCUUAUGACCAACAUUCCCAAUCUGUCUUUGACUCCAAGCCCUUCCUGUGCUUCGCGUGUCCCAAGCAAUUCCGGCGUGCUACGGAUUUGAAGGAGCAUCUGCGAGUCCACACGGGUGAAAGGCCCUUUGGCUGCUCCGUCUGCGGCAAGCGGUUCACGCAGAGCUCGGCUCUAGCGACUCAUCGCAGGCUGCACACGGGGGAAAAGCCCUUUGAAUGCACCGUGUGCUGCCGGCGUUUCAAUAACUCUUCCAACUUUGCCAAGCAUCGCCGGCUUCAUGUGCAAGACGUGGGAUGUGGCAGUAAGGUAGUGGAGAAAAUAUCAUGGAGCGUCAAGCCACAGUGACUACUUUAGGGGAUUUUAUCCCAUUAGAUGGUACAUGGGUAGAUUAUGGCCACCUCAUAGUGUGCUGUAGUAGUUAAGAGCAGGUGCACUCUAAUCUGGAGAACCGGGUUUGAUUUCCCACUCUGCCAGUUGAGCUGUGGAGGCUUAUCUGGGGAACCAGAUUAGCUUGUGCACUCUGACACAUG